AUGAAUUCGGACUUGGAUGAGAGCGACUCCGAUGACUCGGACGCCGACAUUGGCCUUCUCGCGUCACUCCGGCGGCCGCAGCGACUCGUGCAGGCUCUUCUGACUCCUUUCUGGAAACGCGUGUAUCAAGACACGCCCCAAUCGGAGCCGGUGCGUCCGCUGCUACCCGAGUCUUCGGAACCGUCGGAGGAACCCCCGCGGGCCCCCCUAUAUCGACGGCACCUACGGGGAUCGCGGUCGCAGCCGUCGGAUGAGUUAAUGCAGGCCCCGAGCUACCGGCGGAAUCUGCAGAGGUCGCGGUCGUUGAGCCCAAGGGCCGGGUCGCCGCCCCCUAAGCCCCGGCGGCGGGCGUCUGCUGCCGCAGAGGUGGUGGACCGCCGCGUUGCUCGAGUCCAUUUGACGCCCAAGGAGCCCGUUGCGGACGAGCGGGUCGUGGACGAGGCCGUUGCGGAGGGGCCUGGUGCGGACGAGGCCCUUGCGAAACUAGUUCCGAAAUCUCCUGCUCGAGGUUCUGCUCGGCAAAGGGUAACUCGGGUCCACAAGAUGUCGAACGACAGAGAGCCGGCUAUAGCAUCGAUUGAGAUCGAAUCGCCCACCCCCAAGUCGGCUCGGGCCGAGUCUCCCAAGCGGAGUGGGUCCCCUCAGCCCGCCGGUGGCAGGUCCGCAGGUGCCAGAUCCGCAGGUGCAAAGUCUGCCAGCGCCAAGUCUCCCGUGGCGAGGCCGGCUAGGCGAAAGAGUGUUCUUGCUGAAGAAUCCAAGGCCGGCGAGGCAGAUGAGUCUCCCGGAGUGUCCCGAAGUUCUCCCACGCGGCGAAAGCGAGUGUCAGUGGCGGAGGAGUCAUCUGGCGGGGAGACUCCUGCGAACCGGCGCGUGCAGAAGGUGAUUGUGACUCGCGGUCGGGCGCGAAAACACAGCACACAGACCCCAGCCCACACACCCCCUGAAACGUCCAGUGUCUUGCAGCCGGCUCAAAAGAAAGUGCGGCGAAAGGGUGAUGAGGGUGCAUCGGCUCCGAGCACGCCGGCUAAAGUGGAUGACCGGCGGCCUCGGAAGCGGUCGAAAAAAGACUGA